AUGAAUGGCAAAAAGGUCUCUGAAAUUAUUCAAUUUUUGGUUACAUAUAGAAAAAGGAGCAUGAGAAUAUUUGGGGAUGGGCUUGACCUUAGAGCUCCAAUUCAGCCACUAUUCCCAGCCAAAGUUGAAAAUAUUUCUGGAACAGAGAAUUCUGCAUCCAAGUUAAAUUCAGAGUCAGAAACUAUUACAACCGACACUGCUGAAGUGUUAAAUGAGCUUGCAGGAAUGCAUUAUGAGUGGGCGUUAGACAACUAUGCAAAGAUGAGAACUAGAGAUCAUCAAGAACAGCAAAGCAAAUACCCAACCUUCAAAAAUGAAGAAAUUGCAGCUCCCAGCCCAUAUUUGAGUUAUUUAUCAAGUCAAUAUGAUGGAAUUGAUAGCCCAAUUGUAGGUGAGAUACUUGAAGAUAAGCACGGAUACAUUGUAAUGGAGUGUAUAUUAUUACUACUUAACCAGAACAACUCUAUUGAGUAUGGAAAAGAACAUUUUAAGAAGUAUUCUAGUGUAAUGCUUCUUUUAAGUGACAUUCUUAGAGCUAUGAAAAGACAAAAGUCUUUACAUUGUGAUACAAUGGACUUCCACGUACUCGUAGACAUUUUAUUCAGAGAAAUGGUUAUCAUGAGAGACUCAGGGUUUGCACUGUUCGAGUACGUUUCAUGCCUAAAUAUAGUUAUCAAAUGUAUCGCCUCAACAAAAGAAAAGUACAGAUGGGGAGAGGCAACAUCUCUUCUUUCCGUCACAGAAUCUCUCAUUGAAGGCUUUGGGGUUGCAUCUCAAUAA